AUGUCAGUCUCUUUUCCUCAAAACGGGACAGUCGACUGGACAUCCUUGACUUCAAUGACGGUAUCCGUGCCGCUUACUCUGAUGAGUCGACUAUCACAAGCCGGGGUAGACCAAUACACUCUUGAGCUUGUCAAGUUCUAUGGGCAAUUCAUGAACCUGCCGAGCCAACAUCUCGAGGUCGUGGAAAAAAGCCUCCUGCAAGCAAAAAAGUUCGGUUUCUCAGCCAACGCUCUUUUCGUGGGUACCGGCAUAUCAUUGGUUCCAUCACUAUUGGCGAGAACUAGAGGAGGAAUAGCCUUUGCUGCAGUCACAAUGGCUCUUCGCGCCUCCUUCGAAGCAAACUUCGCAGCGAGAGUAUUAUCGGAAUGGCUGAGCUUUUUUGAGAGACCAGCGGAGCUUUCAUUACCAUCGGUAAGCCAACUUCAAGCUCUUGGCAAUGAAGUUGCUGGCUGCCCUAUCGACCCGGAAAUAGGCCAUGUUAUUUGGGGGCUCGAGAAAUUGUUUGCAAAGAAUUCAGGGACAACGCAGGUCAAGACAGCCAAGAGCGUGAUAGCGCCUCCUCAUGCCCAAGAUUUAGCCAGUGCUAUCCAUACUAUAAUCACCAUACGACCAGGUCAGAAUGUUGUUAUGAGGUUCAAAUCAUCUGUCGGACCAAGUGCGACCUGGCUCGCAGCGUUUGCCUCUAAGACAGUUGGGCUAAGUGUUUCCUUGGAGAUUGGUAAUAAAAUCGUCUGGGAACAGCAAGAGAAAUAUUCCACCGCGUCAGGAUCUCGUGGUCACCUUCGCCUGGUGAUUGAGGCGUCGAUGGAUCCGGGAAACCCUAAUCAACUUCAAGUCCUCAAAUCAGCAUCUGUUGAGAUCACCCUACAACGCCAGGAAGCAAAGGUGGAAACUUCUUUCAGAAUAUCCCCCCAACCAGUUAUAGAUAGAAUGCUCGAAGACAUUUUCGAUAAUGCCGAGCAGCAAAAUUUGGCGAGGGAAUGCAUUUGCAAGGCGGCGCAUCAUCUUUCUCAGAAACCAGCCGUCUUUGUCAACCAGACCGGCAUAUCGAAAAGCCCAAGGGUUACCGCCACAUACCUGAUAAACAAGAAUCAAACAAAAGCUGCCCUUAUGAUGCUCGGGAUCGAUUCUGACUCCAUAGACCUCUGGACUACAGAAGCAAAGGCAGUUAUGGCCAAAGGACAAACACAAAAGAUUCUGGAUAGAAACGAACCACUGCCGAAAUGGACCAUGGAAGAAAAUUUGACGGACCAACUUGGUCUGCCCUUCCUCGCCGCAUUUAAGAGGCUACAUGAUGCAAGCAAGCAGACGUUUUCAGCCAAAGAACUCGGAUCUUGGACAAAAUCGCGUCUUGAUGAUUUCAAGAGGAUUCUUAUUCUUUGGACAGUGUUUACAUUUGUCUCUGUACUGGUCCCAGGUAAGGAUGUUAUAAAUCUUGAUGGCAGAGCGUGCAAUGGGAUAGAGAAGGCAAAUGGGGUCUUUUCGUCCUUUAAUUCUUUGUGGCAACUGUAUUAUUGUAAGUUGAAUGACAAGGGAUUUAUGGAGUAUGUCAAAAUUCAAUCUACAUUCGGUUUUGGCGCUCAGGAAGUAUUCGAUAUUGGCGGUCAGGAAGGUAUCUUCAAGACGUACUGUCUUACAACUUCGGCGGUUCACUCGCUCGCUUUCGAUUUACUUGGAGGUUAUACGGAGGCGUUCAGUACUUCGAAUGGCGACACCGCUGGAGCCGUUAAUGGGGGUACUUUUGUUGUGAUGAGCACUCUUCUCGAAUCGAAUCCAGCACGACCAAGAGAUGCAAUGACUAUUUUCGUAGGCCAAGGGGCAAUCUUUGUUAACCAACAAGCAACGUCCUGCCUAAAAUCUCUCAGCCGAGGUUUUAACGAACCAUUAGAAUUUAAACCGUCCUCCGAGUUUCAAGCAUUUGGCCAAGCACACCCGUAUAUCCCAGGGAGCAAGGAUUCAAGCGAUCUUACACAGAUAAAGAUUAAUACGAGUCUCUACGUUUCCGAGAAGCCCGAUAUAUCGUAUGCGGCUUGGUCGCUGAAUGGUCGCGAUGGAACCGACGUGCUAUUCGACGUGCUACUCUCCCCACAUCAAAUCUUGCACAAUAUUGUUCAUGCCCACUUUAUAGACUUUGACGCACCAGCCAGUCAAAUCCCCUCGUUUUUUAUAGAGAAACCCUUCUCCGAGAGAUAUAAAGCGGACGAGCUAUUUGUCGAGAAUGUGGAGGAGUUGUGUUCUGGGCGCACCAAUGGUUUGGUCCAGCUGGCCAUGGCCUCGAAAAAUCAUGCAGCGCAGAUAUUGGCCUUCCAUUACGCUUUGUGCAAUAACUUGAUUGUAUAUGUUUGUCCUUUUGACCAGCUGGAAUCCGUUUCCCCUCGAUAUCCGGGGGAAGCUUGUGUGAUAGUUACAUGA